GUAGAAGGACUAUAAAAACACUCCUUCCUGUACUGGAACAUGCACUUAAUGUCAAUCUGGUUAUGACUGAGGAUUUGGGAUGCACAGCAGUCCACUUGUCUGUAACUCAUUCGACUGAAACUGCAAAAAGCGUGAACAAGUAUGCUGAGGAGAAGAAGGUAGAGAUCGACCAGUUAAAAAGAUGUGGAAGUGGCCGAAAAGUUUGGGCUGUUUGUUUGUUCUCUGCUGCAUCUGCGUGACUGAGUGUCGGGUGCUGAAGUUUGUCGUGGCUGUGUUCAGACACGGAGAUCGAUCGCCAAUUGAGUCGUAUCCCAGAGAUCCUCAUGGGGAGGACGUGUGGGCUCAGGGCUUCGGACAACUGACUGAGCUGGGCAUGAAACAGCAGUUCGAGCUGGGCAGGUUUCUAAGGAGCCGCUAUGGGAGCUUUCUCAGUGAGGACUACAACAGCAGAGAGCUAUAUGUGCGGAGCACUGACUAUGACCGCACUCUGAUGAGUGCCCAGGCCUGCCUUGCUGGGAUGUUCCUCCCAACCAGACGCCCAGCUCCCAUCGUGCCCCAGUUACAGUGGAGGCCUAUUCCUGUGCACACCAUCCCCAGGGCCCAGGACAAGCUGUUGAAGUCUCCAGGCAAAGACUGCCCAAAGUUCAGAACACUAAUGACGGAGACCUUUGAGAGUGAGCCCUACCAGAGGUUCCUGAGGGCUCACCAGUACUUUGUGGAAGAACUUUCCAAUAAUACUGGCUAUCCCAUCUCCAAACUGGUUGGCAAAAAAAUGUGGAGGGUGUACGACACUCUUACUUGUCAGAGGAUCCAUAACUUGACUCUCCCACGCUGGGCCACCCAAGAUGUUCUGCACACCCUGAGGAGAGUUGCAUCAUUUGAGGUCAUGUACAGCAUCCUCAGUCACAAGAGAAAAGAGAAGGCCAGGCUCUCGGGAGGGGUCCUCCUGAACGCCAUCCUGAGGAAUUUCUCCAAGGCUGUGGAGCAAGGGAGCACUCUCAAAUUCAUUAUGUACUCAGCUCAUGACUCCACACUCAUCACGCUCCAGGCGGCUCUGGACGUGUACAACGGCAUUCUUCCUCCCUACGCCGCCUGUCAGCUCUUUGAGUUCUACCAGGAGUAUGAUGGUUCCUAUUCUCUGGAGCUGUAUUACCGCAAUGGCUCCUGGCAUGACCCCUACCCAAACCCUGUGCCAGGAUGCAAUGGGUUGAACCCGUGCCCUUUGCCCAUGUUCACUGAGCUGGUGCGGGAUGUGUUGGCAGAGGACUGGGAGGCUGAGUGUGGAUUCAGGACAAAAUGGCCGAGCACAGGUGUUGUAACAGCCCUUGCAGUGACUGUAGGUCUCCUGGCGGUGGCGCUGUUGUUCAGCAUAGGAGUUGCAAUCCACAGGAGGAGGGCACACUACUCCAGGGAGGUGUAGCACCGACAGACAACUGUCAUACGUGUGCCAAAAAUAAAAAAAGCUAAACCUGGCUGACUCACCCAUGAUCUCACGGAUGGUGACGGGCUGUGACAGCGUAGCAGGAGGACUGCGUCCGGCGAUGUUUACUGCCACCACCCUAAAGUUGAUCUUCUCUCCUACGGGGAGGCCACGCAC